CCCUCUGGCAGCAAGCGAAGGAAGCGCAAACUGACUGGGAGCCAGGUGAAUGAUUUUUCCCAGUGAGGACGAGAAACGCCCGCCCGCCGGCCACUCAACCACCCUCUCCCCUACCUUCCACCCCCUUGCCACCAACGAUAGCCAGGAAACCAAGGGAGUUCCCUCAGCCUGAGCGUCAGGCUUCCCUGUCGUCUGCAGGCCCUGGUGACCCAGCGUGAGAAGUGCCACACCCCACCCGAUAUCUCCUAGGACGUGAGGACUAAAGCACACGUAGCUGUGCCAUCCAGAAGGAUCAUCUGUAAAAACCACACAUCAGAAGAUGAAGAGUCAGAAGAAACGAAAAGACAUGGAGCCAGCUUGUACCUGGAGUUUAUUGUCUGAAAAGAAAGAUUACCGGGAAGUGUUUAGAAAACAUCUAAAAGAAAAGUACCUAAGAAUAGGAGUCGAUAAAUUUUAUCACCAUGGCAAGUAUAUAGAGUCCCGACUGCUUAUUGUAAAAGAAUAUGGUGUAUCAGAAAAGACAUGUGGAAUUCCUCAGCAAGAUAAUUUUAUUAAAAUGCAACAUUUAUUCGAUCCUGAUGAAGAGGGCUUCAGCUCAUCUCAAACUGUGGUGCUUCAGGGAUGUGCUGGGGUUGGGAAAACAGCUUUGGUACAUAAGUUCAUGUUUGACUGGGCAGCAGGAAUGGUUACUCCAGGCAGGUUUGACUAUCUCAUCUAUGUAAACUGCAGAGAAAUAUGCCAUAUUGCCAGCCUCAGUGCUGCUGACCUGAUCGCUAAUACUUUUGAAGACAUAGAUGGACCAAUCCUAGAUGUUGUUCUUAUGUAUCCAGAGAAACUUCUGUUCAUUCUUGAUGGAUUCCCUGAGAUCCAGAAUCCUGUAGGUGACCAGGAAGAGGAUAUUUGUACUGAUCCCCAAGAGAGGAAGACAGUAGAGACCCUCCUGUGUAGUUUCGUGACAAAAAAACUGUUACCUGAAUCCUCUCUCCUGAUAACUGCCCGACCUACAACUGUGAAGAAGCUCCAGUCUCGGUUAAAAAAACCCAUGCAGGUGGAGGUUCUAUGGUUUACAGAUGCCGAAAAGAGAGCAUAUUUUCUAAGUCAGUUUCUAGGUGCUAGUACAGCAAUAAAAGUCUUCCAUGGUUUGCAAGAAAUUGAAAAGCUUGACAUUUUGACUUCUCUCCCCAUCAUCUCCUGGAUGGUCUGCAGUGCCUUGUCAUUACGGGGAGAUAAUGAUAGAACUCCUUUGAGGUCACUUCAGACCUUGACUGACAUGUAUCUGUUCUACUUUUCCAAGUGCCUCAAAACCCUUACUGGCAUCUCAGUGUGGAAGGGACAAAGUUGUUUGUGGGGCCUUUGCUCUUUGGCUGCAGAGGGACUGCAUAAACAGAAGGUCCUAUUUGAAGUCAGUGAACUCAGAAGACAUGGGAUAGGAGUGUAUGACAUCAGUUGCCCAUUUCUCAAUCACUUUUUGAAAAAAACCAAAGGAAAUGGCAGUACAUACACUUUCCUUCACUUUAGUUUCCAAGAGUUCUUAACUGCUGUAUUCUAUGUUCUGAAGAACAGCAGCAGCUGGAUGGUUUUUCCUCAUGGUGGAGAAACAUGGCAAGAAAUAUUUCAACGAUUUGGAAAAGGGUUUUCAUCAUUAACCAUACAGUUCUUAUUUGGACUCUUACAUAAAGAAAAGGAAAGUGCUCUGGAAACUACUUUUGGAAGAAAAACCUCACCAAGACUUAGAGAGGAAUUAAUAAAGUGGACUGAGAAGGAAACGAAGAAUAAAUCUUCCAGAUUACUUAUUGAGCCAGUAGACUUAUUUCACUGUUUGUAUGAGAUUCAGGAAGAGGAGUAUGCAAAAAAGAUAAUAGAUGACUUACAGUCAAUUAUACUGCUUCAGCCUACCUAUACAAAAAUGGACCUUCUGGCUAUGUCAUUCUGUGUAAAAAACAGUCAGAGUCCUCUGUCAUUUUCUCUGAAGUGUCAGCAUUUACUUGGAUUUGAGGAGGAAGUGCCUGCCUCACUACUCACACUACCAGCAUCAACAUUCGAUUGGCCCUUUGAGUUGCCCGAUUUGCCAUCGUCUCCACUACACUUCCUUUGCCAAGCACUGCGACAUCCAUACUGUAAAAUCAAAGACCUGAAACUGAUUUUUUGCCACCUUACAGCUUCUUGUGGUAAGGACCUCUCCUUAGUAUUUGAAACUAACCAGUAUCUGACAGAACUGGAGUUUGUAAAAAAUACCCUGGAAGAUUCAGGAAUGAUGCUUUUAUGCCAAGGAUUAAAGCAGCCAAACUGUAUAUUACAAACACUGAGGUUGUACCGAUGCCUUAUCUCUCCUGCUUCUUGUGGGGCACUAGCAGCUGUUCUUAGUACCAAUCAGUGGCUCAUGGAGCUAGAAUUUAGUGAAACAAAACUGGAAGCUUCAGCUUUGAAAUUGCUCUGUGAAGGCUUAAAAGAUCCAAAUUGCAAAUUACAGAAACUCAAGUUGAGUGACAGCGUUUCCCCUGAUACCUCAGAGACUUUGUGCAAGUAUCUUGCCUCUGUUCUUAUUUGCAACACAAACCUCAUCGAUCUGGACUUAAGUGAAAACCCCCUUGGGGAUGAAGGGGUGAAGUAUCUUUGUGAGGGUCUCAAACACUCCAACUGUAAAGUGGAAAAAUUAGACUUGAGCACAUGCAGCCUCACAGAUGCUAGCUGUGUAGAGCUCUCUUCUUUCUUGCAAGUGAAUAGAACCUUAAAAGAGCUCUUUGUGUUUGCGAAUGCCCUGGGAGACUCAGGAGUACGUCAUCUCUGCAAAGGCCUGCUGCGCACGAAGGGUAUAAUUGAGAAUCUUGUGCUUUCUCAAUGUUCUCUUUCUUCAACUUGUUGUGAAUACCUCUCCCAAGUUCUCUGCUAUUCCCGGACUCUGACCAGGUUGCUUCUAAUUAAUAACAAAAUUGAAGACUUGGGAAUGAAAUAUCUGUGUGAAGGAUUAAAACAGCCUGACUGUCUGUUAAAGGAUUUGGCAUUGUGGACCUGCCACUUGACUGGCAAAUGUUGUCAAGAUUUGCGCAAUGCGCUCUACACCAAUGAACAUCUCAGAGACCUUGACCUCAGCGAUAAUGCCUUAGGGGAUAGGGGCAUACAGGUGAUGUGUGAAGGGCUGAAACACUCUUCUUGCAGGCUCCAGAACCUGUGGUUAGCAGACUGUCAUCUGACAGAUGUGUGCUGUGGAGCCCUUGCUUCUGUUCUCAACAGGAAUGACAACCUAACAUUGUUAGACUUAUGUGGAAAUGAUCUCAAGGAUUUUGGGGUGCAAAUACUGUGUGAUGCACUGUCUGGCCCAGUAUGUAAACUGCAGACACUAUACAUUGACACGGAUAAUCUGCAUGAAGAAACAUACAGAAAACUGAAUGAUCUAAAGUUAAGCAAGCCUGGAUUCACCUGGUAGUUUUUGAGGUCAACUGCAUUUAGACUGCCUCUGCCUGGCACCAUCUUGUUAUAGUGUUCUCACUUUGAGUUUGUUCUCACUUUGAGUUUGUUAACCUUUGUUUAGGAUGGUAAUGUGAAACAAGUAGCAAUGAUUGCUAUUUCUUACAUAGAACCAUCCAGUUAAGUAGGAUGUAAAAGGCCCUCUAAUUCAGAUGUCUUCAGCAAUAAAUACCUUACAUCC